AUGCCAAUUUGUGCAACAUCUUUAUUAAUCGGCAAUUAUGGUGUAUUUUAUCGAUUUUACAAAUUACGCUACUCUCGAUUUAAAGAUGAAAUUGCAUCGAGAAAGCGUUUUAUUGUAACUAAAAAAGAGAAUUAUACAACUUAUACAACAUUAUGUCGAUCUAAUGAAACCAAUCCAUGCAAUAAUUUGAUGGAUUUGAUAAGAUAUCAGUUAAGGUAUUCAGUAUAUUAUCAUUCUAAAACAAAAAAACCACAAACUUAUCAUCAAUGUGUUAUUGCUAAAAAAACAGAAACAAUCGUUGAAAAAUGUUGGUCAACAGCUGGCUGCUUCAUUUUUCGUUAUCUUAGUUCAACAGAAAAAUUGGUUGGUUGCGCAGAUAAAAUACCAUCAUUAAUUGAAGCAUCACCAAGUUUAUCACCUCUGAUGUGGAUGGAUGAAGAUGAAUAUGGUUUCAAUCCUUUCGAAGGUGUAUUAACAAGUUGA